UGAACUCAAUCCCGUGGAGUUGAUCUGGGCAGAUGUGAAACAUUUAAAUGUUCUGACAUUAAAAAUAUUCUAUUAUUAUAAUAUUAUUACACCUGAUAAGUGAAAAAGUAUAUUCAACAUGUCCAGGAAAAGAUUGAAACCAAAAUGUGGAAUAUAGACAUUGCCAUUGAUUUGCAAGUUAAGCUCCUUAUUAUAAAUAUUGAUGAUAGUGGAAGCUCAAUCUCUCGGUAAAAAGAAAAUAUAUUUAUUGAAGUAAAAAAUUUUCAUUUUAAUAUUUCGAUACACAUUUUUUCAAAUUUUUAAAUGAAUGUAUUUCAUAUUUUGGACGUUCACUUUAUAUCUAUUUCAAACUUCACGUUCACAUUGUAUAUUUUUGUAAUAAUAAUUGUGCAUAAUUAUUCAUCAUUUAUAUUAUUAAUCUACUAUAUGAAUCAGCAUAAUUAUUAUUUAUUAAAUGCGGUCCUGUUACAUGCUUUGCUCUGAUCACGUGCACUAUGCGUGAAUAUGUUUUUAUUAACUAUUUUUCUUCGAUAAAUAGAGUAUAAAAGAAUUGCGAAAUGUCCUCCCGAAAAGUGGAUAUGUCAGUUUUUUUCCACUAUGCAGUGUUGUGCUCAGUGUAGGCAAUCUGUAAAUAUAGACUGAAACGCAAGUCCCUAUAUUGGAAUUUGAAGCAAAUCAGCAGGAUUCUGACUUAAGCUCUUUUCAUCUAAUGAAAAGAGGUUAACUCUACCUAAAGCUCAAACUUCAUCUCAUCUGCCACUGGGUUAUCACUUUGCAACAUAAUCAUAUUUAAUAAACUUAAACGCAACAGUGGAAAUUAAUGUCGGAAACCUGUAAUUUAAUAAAAAAAUUAGUACAAGCGUCCUGAAUUUAGUGAAUUGUUUGAAAGCUCACUUGCAGACUAAUUCAAACAAUUUGCAAAAAUACUUGGUUUCAGCUUUAUUGCUUUCUCUGAAACAUAUCUUAAAAGUAUCUAUGGAGUCCACCAAAAAUCAAUUCUUUACCUCACGGUCGUCAGUUUGAUAUAGAUCAGCUGUUUUCUUAGAUUGCCUAAUUAGAGAACAACCACAGUUCUGAGUAUGGAGUGUAGAGAAGGAGGAACAUCUCUUAUGGACGGUACGUUUAAAAUAUGGUCUGAAUGCUGUAGGGAUAAUACGUGGAGCUGAUUGUACUAUGGGAUUGAGAUCUGAAGUUAGACACUAUAUCUGAAACUAGCUUCAGAUUCUAUAAACUAACGAAAACAGAAUAUUAUGUAGGUGGUGAAAAGAAUUAAACAACGUUUAAAAAUAUUAAAAAAAUAGUAAAAAAAGAAUACAAAAAAUCAUGGUGAAAACUUGUUGUAUUUCUGGAUGUAUAAGUGGUUCUUUAAAAGAUCGUGGAAUUCGUUUAUCUCAAAAUAUAAAACAAGCAAGUCUCUUUGGAAUACCAAAGGACGCUACGCUGCUAGCACAAUGAUCUUCUAUUUUGAACAUGACUUUAACGAAACAUCAUUGUAUCUGCGAUUAUCAUUUUAAAGAAGAAGAUAUUGUGAAAUCGCGGAAGAUUGAUUAUUCAGGUGGAAUAAUCAAAGAAUAUGAAUUGAAACGAUGGACCCUAUUGCCAAAUGCUGUACCAGUUAACCUACAGCCAAGACAAUAUGAUAUUGAACUUUCAGAAAAUCAAGAAAACCUGCACUAUCAAACGGUUAAAAUAAUAAAUGACGAUAAAUUUUCAAAGAAGCCAACCAUCAAUGUGCGAAAGCCUUUUCAACAGUUGGACAAUCGUAUUAACAUUAGAAAAAAACCAGCGUCAACAUCAAUCGAAAAGAUCUCGCCUUCGCUGAUAAAAAUCCGAAAAAUUGCAAGUUCUGACGAUAAAUAUCCACAAUUUAUUUCACAUAAAACAUCAUUAAAUAGUAUACCUGAUCAACCAGUAGACAAGAUGCAAAUUGCUGUGAACAAUGUAGAGACAAGAUUUGAUACAGAACAAGUUUUUUUAAAUGAAAUCGAAUCAAACAAUACUCCUAAGAAUAUUAAGGAAUUGUUGGACUCUUUUUUGAGUGUGAUGCCUGAGUAUUGGUAUUAUAUACUUCAUGAUAACCAAUUAGUACUUGUUUAUACUGAUCCCUUUAGGGAAACUGAAAAACUUCGCCUUUUUAUACAAGAUGAUUUUUCAGUAAUGGUUUCAUUCAAGAAGAAAAGACAACUCAGCUUAAACUUGAAAGUUACUAUGUCUGCAGAUCUUUCUAAGCUUCUUGAAGAAGUGAAGCGAACACCCGUUUGUGAAGGAACAGGAAUUGAAGAAACGAGCGUCUCUGGAAAUUGUCCCGGUCUCAUUCUGAACAAUUAUAAACGGCUACCACGGAAUCCGAGAUGUUUUGCAUGCCGCACUCUUCGUGAUCGACUCUUCACUAAAGCAGCUAGACAGCGUACUGCUGCAAAUAAAAAAUACAAAUCUCAAAUACCACUGAAACGACUUAAAAACAAAUGUAAUCGCUUACAGAAAAAGACCAAAAAAUUACGUUCUGUUGUAAAAACUAUAAAGGAUAAAUACACACAGAUAAGUGAUAAAUCUUUCCAAAGAAGAAUUCAAUCAUUAGAUGAAUCUGAGCGACUUGUGGUUACUACUUUUUUUGAGAUGGCUAAAAAAAGUAAUUCUAAAGGUCGUCCAUAUAAGCUUGAAUGGAUAUACGAAUGUUUAUUAAUACGAUUCAAAAGCAGUAGCUUGUAUGAAAUGUUGAGGAAAAGAAAGAUACUACCGUUGCCAACAAAAUCAACGCUUGAUAAAUACAUAAGGUUAAAUAGUUCAGCAUAUGGAUUUCAACCUGCUUUAUUUGAGUGUAUGAAAAAAAGGGGUGAGAAUAUGCCAUUAUCUGAUCGAAGAGGAGAAUUAGUUUUUGAUGUGAUGCAAUUAGCUUCGGGCGUUCCAUUCAAUACAAAUACUAAAGAUUUUAUAGGAUUGGUGAACCUUGGUGAUCACACACCUGAUAAUUUAAAAAAUACAGUAGGAGAUCAUGCGCUAGUUUUUCAAUUUGUGCCAUUCAAAGGAGGAAAAUCUCAAGCUCUAGCUUGUUUUAUCAGUAAAAAUGCGGUGACCAGUCAAAUUCUGCAAAAACUAAUUUUAGAAUGUAUUAUUCUUUUGAGUAAUGCUGGAUUCCAUGUGGAUGCAGUUACAAGUGACGGAGCACAAUGGAAUCGUGCUGUGUGGAAGAUUUUUGGAAUUGACGAGAAGAAGCUCAGUUGUCCUCAUCCAUGUGAUGAAAAAAAAAAGUUAUGGGUGAUUUCUGAUUUUGCGCAUCUCAUUAAAUGCUUCCGUAAUAGCUUGAUGGAGAAGGAAGCUUUUGUGACGCCUUAUGGUACAGUUAAAAAGAGUCAUUGGAAAGCAGUACUAAAUGGUGAAAAUUAUCAGGGUGCGAAUCUAAAAAUUGCUCAUAAAUUAACAUACAAAUGAUUUUUGAUCGAAUUACUCAAAUUCAAUUGCCCAAAAUUGGUUGCCACGAACAUUCUCUAUUGUUAACAAGAGAGAUUAUUAUUUAUUAUUUAACCAUGAGAGGACAUUUCUUGGCCAAAACAUUGAACAAGGAGUAUAUAGAAAAAAAAAAUAAAAGUAAAAUGUAUAAGAAAUUAUCAAAGUUGUGACUGACGUUUGAUUAUAUUCAUGUGAAAAGCUGUGCAAUCCUUAAUAUCUUAUUAGAUUUUUAUUUUUUAUUAAGAACUUGAUAUAUUUCUGUACCUGCUUGCCUAAGCUAAUUACCAAUGAUAUUUUAACAAAACUAUAAUUAUUAUAUUUGUUGCGGAUAGAGUUCAAUAUUUUAUUUCUAUGAACCAAAAUGUUUUAUUUUCAAUUAAUAUAUUAUUCUUAUUGAUAUUUUUAUAUGACUAUAACUAUUAUAUUAGUUGCUAAUGAAGUUCAAUAUUUUAUUUUUAUGAACCGAAAUAUUUUUUUUAUUAUUCUAUUAUUUUUAUUGAUCUAAUUAUAUCGCUAUAAUUAUUAUAUUAGUUACGGAUAAAAUUCAAUAUUUUAUUUUAAUCAACCAAAAUGUUUUUUUUAUACUAUUUCAUUAUUGUUACAUGAUUCUACUUUUUUUUCAUAUUAGAAUAUAUGUAUUAUCUAAACCAAAUAAAUAGCUAAAUAAUAAAGUUAAUUUAAC